AUGUCGACGCGGAACAUGAAGCUCCAGGCAUGGGCCGACGUCGUGCUGCGGCGUCACGGCGGCCGGUUCGCGACGCACCCUAUCUUCGCCUUCCUUGUCUUUAACAUGGGCGUGCGGUCUAAGAACCGCCAGGCCAGCAUGCUAGGCGUAGCGAGGAAGAACUUCGCAAGGGUCGAGGGCCUACUAAAGUCGUUAACGGCGCAGAGGCUCGAGGCGGCCAGCCGAGCUCGAGGCCACAGGUACGGGGUGCCGGCUAUCUGGUUCACGCUGAACCCGAACGACAUUACGAACCUAGUAAAGUUACGGCUAGCGGCGCACCGCGGCCGCGACCCCGACGAGGCCGAGGCCUUCCUAAGUGACCUAGGGACCGCGUAUAAGCGGACGCGGCUGGCCAUAUCGGACCCGAUGAGCUCGGCCGUCUUCUUCCACCGGGAGAUGACGCUCUUCUUCGAGCACUACGUCAACGUCGGGGAGGACGAGGCGCCCUCCACAUCCACGGGCUCCUCUGGCUGGGGCAACGCGGGCAUUGGCGACGCGCUCGCCGGCCCGGACGCGGAGGAGCAGGCGGCGUACCGGGAGCGCAUCGUCCGCUACGUAGAUAGCGUCUUCUCUGAGGAGCUAGACGCAGAAGGUUACUGUGCCAUGCAGGCAGAGCGGUCGGCCACGGCGGACAUAUCGUCGCGGCUCGACGACGUCGCGCGCUUCACGGACACCUUCGACGAGGAGGCCAACUUCUGCGCGGGCGCGACGCAGAUCCAUACGCAUAGCGCGACCUGCGUAAAAUACUCGCUCGGCGUGGGGGCGCGGAAGGGGGACCUCUGCCGGUUUAAGGCGCCGUGGAGGUUGGUGGAGAGGACGGCGCUGACGGCGGACGGGGUGCUCGAGAUCCGGCGGACGCAUAGCAUGGUGAACCGGUGGAACAGGGCGAUGGCAGUGGGGCUACGACACAACCACGACAUCUCGUUCAUCGCGACGCAGCGCAAGACCAUGGCCCUAAUCUACUAUAUUACUAACUAUGCGACGAAGGUAGAGGACCCGGUGUGGAAGCGUGUGGCCGCCGCGGCCGAGUUCCUUCCUGUGCUAGAGCCGACGGGAGAGGGCAACAGAAGUGGCGCCGACCGCGACGGGAAUAAGACGAGAACGUUCCUGCUUAAGGCGGCGAAUCGAGUCUUUACGGAGCGGCCGCUGUCGCAGGUCGAGGUGAUCGCGCACCUCCUAGGGUACCCGGCGGAGUUUAGCAGCGGCUCAGCGUGGGCGUAUAUAAACGCAAACCAGCUCUACUGGGCCGUCUUCCGCCGGUGGCGGCACCUCCGACGGGCGAGCGGCGCCGAGGCGACGGGCGACGCGCCGGACGAGACGGCGCUUAGGCGGCCGGGUUGCGGGGCGACUGUAUGCGUCGACGGAUACCUCAGCAAGGAGUUCAGCGAGGAAGACGACGAGUCGUGCCACCGGAGGGCGGCGGUGCAGCACCUGGCCCUAUUCGUGCCGUGGGACAACGUGCAGCUCCUCCGGCGGUCGGCGGAGGACGCGAAGCGCGACGCCAAGCAGUGGGCCGCCACGGCCGAGGAGGGCGAGCUGCUAGCGAUGACGCAGCAGCUCUGCCGGUUCCAGCAGUCGGCGCUCGGGUCGGCGGCCGAGCUCGCGGCGACGGUGGUGGCGGACGAGAGGGCAGGCAGGCGGGUGAACCUACCGGGCUCGGCGCUGUCGGGGGCGGCACUGCCGCGGCAAGAAGAGGUGCGGGCCAUCAAGUCGCAGCAGAGGAGCGCGGCGCGGGAGCGGGAGCGGGCGAUCCAGGGCAUCCAGGGCGGCGGGGCGGCGGCGGGCGUCGGGGCCGACCGCGGCGCGGCCCUUCGCGGGGUGAUGGGGGGCUUCGGCGAGGACGACAUCGACGUAACGGCGGCCGACGGCGACGCAGACGCAGGCACGGCGGCGGGGAUGCGCGUGCGGCUCGGCCCGUCGAGCUCGUUCGUCGCCGCCGGCAGGGAGCUGGCGGGCCAGCUCACGCUCAACGAGAAGCAGGCCAUCGCCCUCCUAAUCGUGUGCCGGCAACUCGACCGAAUCCGGCAGGGCGACGACGCAGGCGGCGACGGUGGUGGCCAGCUCUGCCUAUUCAUCGGCGGCGAGGGCGGCACCGGCAAGUCGCGCGUCAUCGAGGCGCUCGUCGAGCUGCUCGCCCGGAGGACCUAUCGAGCCGGGUACUGGUUACGGCGACGUCGGGGACGGCGGCAGCGCGGAUCAACGGCAUCACGCUGCACUCGGCCUGCGGCCUUACGGUCGGCCAGGGCGGCCGGGCGGGAGGGCGACGAGGACAUUGACGGCGUACGGCUGGCGGGCCAGGGCGAGCGCUUCGUCGACGGCCGGUCGCGGAUGGACUGGCAGGAGAAGGAGGUGCUGGUGAUCGACGAGGUCAGCAUGCUCGGGGCGCGGACGCUGCACGCCGCCAACGAGCAGCUCUGCCGGCUGCGGGGGUCGGCGCGGGACUUCGGCGGCAUCCCGGUAGUGAUCCUCUGCGGCGACUUCCACCAGUUCCGGCCGGUGCAGGAACGGUCGAUCCUGCUGCCGAGCGCGGCGGUGGCGUGGGACGAGGACGGGGCGUUCGCGGCCGAGCAGCGGCGGCAGCACGACAAGGCGCACGCGCUGUGGCGGCGCUUCACGACGGUCGUCAUGCUAGACGAGCAGAUGCGGGCCGCCGGCGACCCGGAGCUGCGGCGGCUGCUCGGGCGGAUCCGCCGGGGCGAGCAGGACCGGUCGGACCUAGAGCUGCUCAACUCGAGAUGCUACCGGCCGGGCAGGCGGAUCCCGUGGGAGACGGGCCUGACGGUGGUGACGCCGCUCAACCGGAACCGCUGGAACCUCAACCUAGAGGCGGCGCUCGCGUUCCGGGAGAGGCGGCGGACGGCGGCGCGCGUCUUCCUCUCCGAGCAUAAGUGGAGGGACGGCGUGCCGACGGAAGAGGAGGCGGUGCUAAUGCUAGGCCAGGGCGACGACAGCGCGACGCCGGUGCCGGCCGUCUUCCUCUUCGUGCCAGGCAUGCCGGUCGUCGUGAACCAGAACACGCACCAGGGGCUAAAGCUUGUGAACGGGGCCGGGUACACGGCGGUGGACGUCAUCCCCGACCGCGCCUUCCCCGGCCACCGCGUCUCGGCGGAGCUCAUCAUGCACUUCGGGCCGCCGGCGGGCAUCGUGCUGGCCUCGGAGACGACCAAGGACUUCCACUUCGUCGGGAUGCCUGCCGGGACGAUCCUGCUAACGCCCAUCAGCGUCAAGAUCACAGCGCAGCGGAAGCGGCCAUGGCAGCGCAACGACGUCAGCCGGAGGGGCCUGCCGUGCGCCGCGGCCUUCGCCUGCACCGACUAUAAGGUGCAGGGCGGGACGCUAGAGCGCGUGGCGCUGGAGCUGCGGGGGGCGAGGAUGACGACGGUCGAGGGAGGGCGUGGGAACCGGGUGCCUGAGGAGAUGACGGCAGCGCAGGCCCGGCUAGAGGAGCUUAGCAGGCAGACAACACAGGAGGCGGCCGACUGGCUCCGCAGGUAA